AUGUGGACCUCUGUGCGCCUUCUCCUGUUGUCAGCCCUACUCACCGGAAAGACGGUUGCUGAACGCUGCCCACAAAUCUGCCUCUGCGACGGCAUCAAGCAUCAAGUCAUGUGCUUGAACAAGAACCUCACCAAGGUGCCCAUUAACAUCCCUCAGGUCAGUUUGCGGGAAGCAACGAGGGACGUGCAACACGAGGUUUGCACAAGUGCACUUCUGUGAAGCAUCCAUUGGGCCCUUUCCUCCGACAUCCUACUGGCAAAGUUCAAACUGGAAAGAGUUUUGGGGGGAAAUUGCCUUGUAAAGUGGUGGAUGCUCCUUUAUUAUUCAGCCAAGGCUGGAAUGCUACCUAUCAGAGAUGUUUAAUGGGUUUCCUGCAUUAGCAGUGGGUUGGAGUUUGGAUUUGGAUUUGAUAUCCUGCUUUAUCACUACCCGAAGAAGUCUCAAAGCGGAUAACAUUCUCCUUUCCCUUCCUCCCCCACAACAAACACUCUGUGAGGUGAGUGGGGCUGAGAGACUUCAAAGAAGUGUGACUGGCCCCAGGUCACCCAGCAGCUGCAUGUGGAGGAGCGGAGACGCGAACCCGGUUCCCCAGAUUACGAGACUACCGCUCUUAACCACUACACCACACUGGCUCGCACACUGGGUUGGAGUUGAUGAGCCUUGACAUUCCCUUCCAAUUCUAUGAGUCUAUGAAACAGCUCCAAUUUCUUUAAAAGUUCUAGUGAAGACAUCUAAGGUCUCUCUAGCCCAGAGACUUUUUCUUAAAGAACAGCUGCUGCCUCUAACAAAUUUCUAAUAUUAAUAAUAUGUCAGUUCAUCCAUUUACAUCAUAUCUAAGGAUUUUAUCAGACAUUCCUUAAUCAAUCAUAUACCUUGAGCCUUGCACUACUGGAAAGAACAAUCUCAGCAAUUACAAACAGGUCAAAAUAAUACACAUACGGUACAUUUGAUACCUAGGCUAUUAAGACAGUGAGAUGAUUAAUUACAGUAGCAUUAGCACCUAAGAUUGGCCCUAUCUACACCCAAAACUUGUAUACCUCACCCAUGUACCAUAUUACAAUUCCACCACAAAUGGAUAAAAUAGGCAUGCCCCCCUUGCACACAUCCUGCAGUUGGAAUGAGGUUUUAGCUGGAAUAAUACGCCACUUAAACCCUGAAACCCCAGAGAGCAUCUGCCAGUCAGUGUAAGCAAUACUGAACUAGAUGAACCAUUGGCCUGACUCAGCAUAAGGCAGCUUCUUAUGCUCCUAAAUCAUAACAAGCCAAAGAAGUCAUCAUAUUGUUAUGACAGACCAAGCACUUUCAGAAAUCCAAGAACCCAAGUCUCUGUUCAAAGGUAUUUUAUCAUAGUCAAAAUCAUAUCACAGACUAUACAACUGAGAAAGUACCCCCUUUAUUAAAGUGUAUUCUAUAACCACCUUCUCAAAUAAGUUGUUUGAUGCAGCCUGAAAAUAUUACCCGCUCCUUUUUGUACAAACUGCUUUAUUUGAAGCUACUGAUACCCUGUGGCUACCCAGACCUGAGACUCCCAAAACUCUGGUCUCAAGUAGACAAAUUCCCAUUUGGUAUCAGGUCCAUGCAACUAUACAUUUAUGCUUUUCCCAUCUGAAAAGGUCUCUCAGUCUUUUCUGGGAUUGAAUUUGAAGUCUGUUGUUGUGGAUUCAAAAGGUGAGACCUAUGGGGAAAAGUCAUUUUCUGUAUCUACUCCAAGUAUGGAAUAGUUAAUAAUAUGCUAAUUCUCUAUUAUAACAAAGACACCAGGGAGUGAGGAAUUGACUUUUCAUCCAGAGGCAACAUUGUUCCAAAAGACCGUGAGCAAGAAAUUAGUUGAGGAUAAAGCUAAUGUUUAUCUGUGUAAUCAACAGGUCACUCAAAGACUUGACCUCCGGGGUAAUGAAAUCAAAGUCAUCUCUGCAGGAACUUUCUUGCCUAUUCCAUACCUCACCCACAUGAAACUUCAGAGAUGCAAGGUGGAAAGCAUUGAGGAAGGGGCUUUCAGGGGAUUAGGACGGCUUGUCUACCUCAAUUUGGCUUCCAACAAUAUAGCAUUCAUCUAUCAAGAGUCUCUAGAUGGCCUCUCCUCCCUCCGGCAGCUUAUCCUAGAAAAUAAUAGCAUUGAGGAAAUAAAGCCAGGGGCUUUUAGUCAACUGGGCUUCCUCACCUUUCUUAACCUGGCAAGAAACUCCUUGGUUUACCUACCAGAUAUGGUCUUCCAGGGACUUCAGUUGAUCAAGUGGAUUGAUUUGUCCCACAACUCACUCAAUGUGCUUGCCAACGAGGCCUUUGGUGGAUUAUCGACCCUUAGGAAGCUAAGCCUAGAUCACAAUGAACUUCAGUUCCUUCCUAACGAGGCGCUCUCUAGAUUGUCUGGCACGGCCCAGCUAGACCUCGGAAAUAAUCCAAUCACUUAUAUUGGUGAGGAGGCCAUUGAGAUGGCAUCCCUGAAACAGCUCUUCUUGAACAACAUGGCCCUUCAGGAAGUCUCACACAGAGCUUUUGUCAAGAGCCCCCUGCUGCACACUCUUGACCUGCAUAACAACCAGCUGUCCGUGUUGCAGCCACAGACGGAGAUGGCCCACCUCAAAAAAAUUGACCUAACAGGGAACCCUGUCCUUUGCACUUGUGAAAUGCGCCCCUUCAAGGAAUGGGCUGCGAAAGCAAGAAUACACGCCGAUGUGGUAUGUGCUGGUCCUGCUGCCGUCAGGGGAGAGCACCUGGAAUCCCUGAGGGCAACAGAUAUGAAGUGCAGAAGUCACGCAUUGGGUGAGGAGCUGCUGCCUAGCCUGGCCACGGUCACCAGGGAACCAGAGAAGGAUGCUGUAAGAUGUCCACAAGGAUGUACUUGUUCACCAGAUUCCCAGCAUGCAAACUGUGUCAGGAGAAACCUCCAGAGUAUUCCCAAAGGCUUUCCAAGCAACACCCAACUUCUGGACUUGCGCCAUAAUGAGUUCCACUCGGUACCUCAAGACUCCUUCCCUGGCUUGAGAAACCUGACCUCACUCCAUCUGCAGAACUGCAAGAUUGCAAAGCUGCAGCCUGGUGCUUUCCAGGACUUGAAAAACCUCGUCUACCUUUACCUGUCUAACAACAACAUAGAUUCUGUAGAUGCUGAUGUUUUCAAAGGGCCUGCCCAGCUUGCAUAUCUCUACCUGGACCACAAUGGAUUCAACCAAAUAUCCAAAAGCUCCUUCACCCUCUUGCCAAACCUCUUUGCCCUCCACUUGCAACACAACUCCAUCAGUCAGCUGACCGAUAAUGAUCUGGCUGGGCUGGAGAAGCUACGCUGGUUAUACUUAACAGGGAACCGCAUCACUCACAUGUCUCCCAAGGCUCUGGGACAUGCCAAGCUGCUGGAGAAGCUGCAUCUAGACGAGAAUCAUUUGCAGGAAGUGCCCACCAAGUCUCUCAGAGGGCUGCCCACGCUUAGUGAACUGAAGUUGUCCAAGAAUCCCAUAAAGCACAUUGGGGAUGGCGCCUUCCUGCCAGUGGCAAGAUCUCUGCAGCACCUGUAUUUGGAUGAUAUGGGGCUAGAACAGGUAAGCAGGGGGAGGAAGGCUGGAAAUCAAGACCUGCCUUUUCUUGCCAUCAUAUUCCCAGUAACACCCCUUUGCAAAUGUUUCUUUGCUUAAUUUUAUUAAAUACCAAGUUCUCAGGUGUCAUAAGAAGAAUUUGGGAAAUUGUACAAAUGUGUUAGGAGGCCCUAUCCAAGCUGUAGGCCCUAUCUUGCCACCUUCCCCAAAUACAGUACAAGCUUCACCUGAAGGGGAUAAACUUAAUCAAGUCAGACUUGCAUUGUUCAUCUAGCUCAGUAACCAAUUGACAGCAGCUCUCAAGGGUUUCAGACAGGGGUUUUCCCCAGCCCCACUUGGCAAUGCCAGGCAUUAAGUGCAGGGCUUUCUGCAUGCAAGGAAGGUAGAAUCAUAGAAUCAUAGAGUUGGAAGAGACCACAAGGGCCAUCGAGUCCAACCCCCUGCCAAGCAGGAAACACCAUCAGAGCACUCCUGACAUAUGGUUGUCAAGCCUCUGCUUAAAGACCUCCAAAGAAGGAGACUCCACCACACUCCUUGGCAGCAAAUUCCACUGUCGAACAGCUCUUACUGUCAGGUGCCUGCCUCUGAGCUAAUGACCUCCCCCCAGACCACAAAAUCUGCUCUUAGGCCUUUAACAGAGAUAUGCAAUACAAUUUCUAGCAGGUGUGGCUUUUCCACACAUUGCAGUGGCCACAGGAGAGGCUGUCCCUACUCAAACUCUCUCUGCUGCACAGCUGUUCCAUUUCAUCUCAUGGCUCCUGCAGGCCAAGGGAAUGGCCAUUGCCCAGUUAUCAGGACACAGGCUUCUUAUGCAAAAAGGUCCCAGGUUCAUUCCUUGACAUCUCCUGCUAUGACUGGGAAAGAUGCCUGCCUGAAUAAAACCCCAGAGCGCAGCUAAAUGAACCAGGGGUCUGACUCACUGUGUCAGUUUUUUAAACAGCUUGCAUCCAAACUACCUGCACAAUGUAUAAAUAUGAUCUCGGGGGUUAUUGCUGUUUUUCUUUUGCUUAAAAGCUGCCAUCAACUGGAUACUUUUCAAAGGGGCUGGGAGAAGGUACAAAGCCCGAAACCACGGCAGAUGAGCAAAUUUAAAAGCCUAGAACUAUUAUUUCCUUUAUUCCAGCACCCUUAUAGCUAUAGGUUGAAGAUGCUCAGAUCUGGUAGAGCAAUUCCAUUUCCCCAUCCAAGUUUUUUUCCUUAAAGUAAUAUGGAACGACCAUAAUUUGAUCAGUCUGGGGUGGGAUGUGGAAGCUAAGGUGCCUGGAUAAGUAGAAGAGCACCUUCCAAAGGGUUCUGGUGGGACACGCCAAGUGGGUCAAUGUCACCAGAAGUUUCAGAUAACUGGCUAACGUAGAAUUUACUGCUGAUGUCAUUAAGCGUCUGACAGCCAAACUCGUUCUGUGUUUGCAGAUUUCCUCUGGUGCCUUCACUGGCUUGGGCCCACAGAUAAGAAGCCUGUAUCUUGAGAAAAACAAAGUGCGCAGUCUGCCGAACUUACACAGCUUUACAGCUCUGGAGGUCAUCAGCCUGAGUGAUGUUCCUUUCUCUUGCGACUGCCAACUUCUCCCGCUACGCAAGUGAGCUGCUAGUUCCCACUACUGCACAAGGGCUUGUAGAACAGCAGUUUGGGUAGAACGUUUGUCUCUCCUUCUUAUUUGGCAGGGCUUCAAACGCAUCCUAUUAACAUGCUCAGACUAGCACUCUUGCCAGCCAUCUCAGCAUAGUGAUUAUGGGCACUGUUCUAGUUUCUGUUGCCUAGUCACAAAAUUGUACAGUAAUUCAACAUGUUCCUCUUUAUUGCCAAUAAACCAAGUAAGGGACGGGGAAGGCCCAAGAGCAGCAAAUACGAAGCAACUCUUUCAUUAUACCAACUCACUUCAAAUGCUUUGCAUCUGCUUUCAAGCCAAUAUGCUUUAAGCUGACUCAAAUGCUGCAGCGUAUCUAGACUAAAGCUAGGUAAGAGAUAGGCAACCCGACACAAUUUGAAAAGGUGGUUCAUUCGUUUACGCAUCAAGCUGAUAAGCUGAGCUCCAUAGUUGCCUAGGCUGACUUAGAAUUUUUUUUAAAUUUUAAAUUAAUUCAUUAAAUUAAUGAAAUCAUCAAGUCUCCAUACCUUCCUUUCUCCUCCUCUGUGUUUCACAAUAACUGAAGAUCCUCUUGUAUCAAGAAGCAAGCUUUCAGAAAUGUAGGAAAGUGUGUGACUGUGAAGAUACAAAGGCUUAGUACUUAGGCUGAUCAUAUUGCCUCGCUUCUUCCUCCUUUUCAGGUGGCUUGACAAGCUGAAUCUUAGAGUAGGAGCCACCUGUGGCUCCCCAGCAGAGGUACGUGGCCAGAAGGUGAAGCUCGUCACUAUCUUCCAAAGCUGCCCAGGCUGGAAUACCAAGAAGACAAAAAGAACCAGUUCAACUAAAGCCAAAGCCAAGGCUGGAAGGAGCUCCAGUAAGAAGAGGCAGCAGCAAGCUGGGAAUAUACGAGUCAAGAAAAGCAGGAAAAGCAGAAGCAGGAAAAGCAAGUUGCUGAAAAUGCGCUUCUCCAUUAAUAGGGGGAGAAAGGCUUGA